GGGCGCCUAUCUCUAGGGGCGCCUAUCUCUAGGGGCGCCUAUCUCUAUGGGCGCCUAUCUCUAGGGGCGCCUAUCUCUAUGGGCGCCUAUCUCUAUGGGCGCCUAUCUCUAUGGCGCCUAUCUCUAUGGGCGCCUAUCUCUUUGGGCGCCUAUCUCUAUGGGCGCCUAUCUCUAUGGGCGCCUAUCUCUAUGGGCGCCUAUCUCUAUGGGCGCCUAUCUCUAGGGGCGCCUAUCUCUAUGGGCGCCUUCUAUGGGCGCCUAUCUCUAUGGGCGCCUAUCUCUAUGGGCGCCUAUCUCUAUGGGCGCCUAUCUCUAUGGGCGCCUAUCUCUAUGGGCGCCUAUCUCUAUGGGCGCCUAUCUCUAUGGCGCCUAUCUCUAGGGCGCCUAUCUCUAUGGGCGCCUAUCUCUAUGGGCGCCUAUCUCUAG